AUGGUCAGAUACUUGAAAGAGGAACAAAGUGAACUUCGAAACAACACGCCUGGAACUGUACAUGCUGGACCGUGUCUUGAAUUUCUGCUGGAGAUGAAGAUAUUAGAUGAGCUGGUGGCAUAUGCACAAUCAGACACGCCAAUUGGAAUGCGAGCAUAUGUCGUUAAGAUAUUCCAGCUGCUCAUAUCUGAUCUCGGAGGACCACAACUGCUUCCUGAAACAUCGGUUAGAACACCUCUGACACGUUUGAUCGCUGGUUGUCACCAAUUGGUCGAUGAAGGAAGCCCUGUAUCUAUUACAUCAUCAUCUUCAGAACCGGGUACAGGAUCUGCAGGAGACGUGAAACACGAACUAGUGAACUUGAUUGCUCUAUUAUUUCGACAUAUACAAACCACACCGUCUCUUCUUGGUCUCUUCUUUGAACGAUCCAAAACAUCUGAAACAUCGAAAUUUAGUAUAUUUGAUACAUUGUUGGACUACGUUGGGUAUCCCAGCACAACUGGGCGUGUAGCUCGUGAAGCUAUAAUAACAGCUCUGUCGAUUCUUGGAGAUCAGGCUAUUGAGAUGGAAGACGAGAGGAACAAGGCAAUCAUGGUGGAUGUUGUAGAGUAUGUCGUUGAUGCAUCUCAGAUAUCAGAGACGCUGGCAGAAAGACAAGCAAUUUUGUACACAAGGAUGACAUCUCUGAGCUCUCAGUCAACUAAUACGCAAAAUGAGAAGUCGUCACCGCCAAGAGGGCGUUUAAUACCAGAAUCUGAUAAACUGACUGUGAGCUUGGUAGAUCGCAUAGACACCAUCUUCUUCAAGCCAGUCUUGUUUCAAUCAAUAGCAAGUCAUUUAGAAAUAUCAUUGUCAGCUACCCUACAUCUUGCUGACAUUAUUCGAUCUAUCACGCCACAACUUCUGGCUCCUUUAUCUCUUGGAAUACUCGUAUAUGAAUGUGCAGUGGAAGACGGUGCUGGAAGAAGGAGGCUGUUGGAUUUGCUAUUGUCUCGUAUUGAGGCAUAUGAUAGAAUCGAUCUUGCCAUAAGUACUCUGAGGCUCUUGGACGUCGUCAUUAGCUCCUAUCAUCCUCACGUGCUCAAAACUUUGUUGAAUGUGAAGGAUGUUGAUGACGAUGGAAGCACUACUGAUGAGCAGAUUCAAGCGUUACAUUCAAAUGUAGAACGACUCCUGUCAGCUCAACCGCCAGACUUGAUGAAUCCGUCAACGGCAACGCCAACAAGUACUGAAGAAUUCUCAAGUCUUGGAUAUGAUGAGCACUUUGAUGCUGCUCAUCGACGUGUCUUCAACUACAUAAGGAAACGUCAAGGCUGGCGACGAACGUCAAUAAGGGAUACAACUGAUUCGGGGACCAGUAUUGAUACUGAUAUAUCAUCUGGUCUCGCAUUCCGACAUUUGCUGAUACAAUUGCUACGGCAAAUGUUGGAAUUGCCGCCUAAUCUGAAUCUUGUUUUGACGAGUUGCAUAGCAAGGAUUGCGGUUAUUGGUGGUAGUGGGAUUGACGAGUUCUUGUUUAAGAGUGGAGGAGAAGAGGAGUGUGUUGCGGAUAUAUUGGCACAGGUCUUGUCCAACCCAAAGCUGUCAAAGCAAGCACAACAACGAGUCUCAACAGUGACUCUGGCCGUCAUAAAAAUGAGAAUGAUCCGAGAACGUGGUAUUGAAAGCUUGACACACUAUCCUCCAUCACGAAGGAUGUCAGCUCCAUCAACACCAUCACGAACUAGUAUGUCGGAUCCCAGUAAAGUCACACCACGCUCAUCGCCACCACGAUCUAUACCUGCUAAAGCAAUAGGAGACGAUGACAUCGUAACGACAGAUUCAGUUAGCGAUACACGUCCACCUGACGACUCGUCAACAAGCAACAGUGAACCAAUAUAUCAGCCAGCAUAUCAACCAACUGCAGAAGAAGCAAACUUUUUAGCAUCGUACUUGAUACUAUCUGAAUUCAUCAAAGAGCUCGCUGCUAUAGUCCUGAAUCGGGGAGCUAUGGGCAGCAUGCUUGUAAAUGACGUUAGUGGUGGAGGAGAGGAAGGAGGUUGGGGAGGGUUAGAUAGGCGGCAGCAAAGAGCCUUAUCAGGGUAUGAAUCUCCUACGAGGAUGAAGCUGCCUGAUGAAGAGAUGGAGGAUAUGGUGCAUGAAGCUGGCAAGUUUUUGUCUACCAGUUUGGCAAGUACUGUUGGGACGUCGUAUGAGUUGCUAUCACGUGUAUUUAGUAGUAGUAGUGGGUCUGAGCAUUAG